CCUGCAUUGCUUUGUCUCCGCCAACAACGCAGUCCAUAGCUGUUUUGCUUCAGAAAUCCUUCGAUCGCGCUUGAUUCUGAAGCAUGUCGGGACGAGGAAAGGGCGGCAAGGGUUUGGGCAAGGGCGGGGCGAAGCGCCACCGCAAGGUCCUCCGAGACAACAUCCAGGGCAUAACCAAGCCGGCGAUCCGGCGUCUCGCGAGGAGAGGCGGCGUGAAGCGCAUUAGCGGCCUCAUCUACGAGGAGACCCGCGGCGUCCUGAAGAUCUUUCUCGAGAACGUGAUCCGAGACGCCGUGACCUACACCGAGCACGCCCGGAGGAAGACCGUCACCGCCAUGGACGUUGUCUACGCCCUCAAGAGGCAGGGAAGGACUCUCUAUGGUUUCGGUGGUUAGAUCUGCUCGCACUCUAAACCCCUCUGUUGUCGAGAAAAGACUAAGAUCAAAACUGGAUCGAAUCGUUCGCAUUGUGAGAAUUUUUAAUUUUGGUUCAAAGCUGUGUGUAACUGCUGAUCUGUUCUCUCUUUUCUUCGGUUUAUGGAUCUAUGUUUCUAGUUA